UAACACUUUGGCCUGAGCUUCAGUUUACGUCAAAAUUCAAAAUGCGUAUUUUUCAAGCAUUAUUUCGCAGAAAACACAUGCCAAACGGGCAUAUAUACAGAGGAAAGAACCGUUUGUACAGAGAACCCCAAGUGGAAGACGUGGUGAAGCUCAGAAAUCGGUUCGAAAUCGAAGAAGAGAACAUGUUCUACCUUAGACACGCCUAUCUCACACCCGAACAAUCUUAUGGACAUGCGAAGGCUUUGGGAAAGAACGAAGAAAACUUCAUCAAAACCAAAACAAAGAGGAGACCCUUCUACGACCAUAUCACUAUCGAAGGCACAUUGGCGCACCUCCGCGUGAAAGAACCUUGGGAUUAACAGUUUUUGGGUGCUUUAAAUAGUUUUAAUAAAUAGUGUUAUAGUUUUA